GCUACCGGUCUCAGGGUGCUAAGGCCCAUCAAAUUUCAUAACCGACUUUCCUAUCUUGGCUAUCUUCUGACACUCAGAUUAAAAAACACAUGUCCACUUUGUGUUGGAAAAAAAGGAAAAUAUCAACGUCACGCAAGCACGUUGACAUUAUUUUCCAUAUUAUCACGUAACUUAGGAUCUAGUGAAAAAUACAUUUUCCAUAAUUCAGUGGAAAUUCCUCACCGUGUCCUUGACAUUUCGCGAAAUAAAAAAGUGAUUUUCUAGUGCUUUAUCCCCUUUUAGUUGAAUCUCUACCGUCUGCCAUUGUCAUCAUCCCAGUUUCCUGAGAAAUUCCAUUGUGAGAAUCUUCAAGUGCCAAAUUUUCCAAUACCCGUGAUUUUCAAAGGAGAGUUUUCUCUCGAAAAAGAAAAAUUUGAAAAAACUCAGCUUUUUGAGGUUAGAGUGCGUAAUUUGAAAUUUUAUCGAUUUCGGAGUAAUUCUUUGUUAAUCAGCAUCUUGCAAACGAUGCGAUAAUUUUCUUUUGAGGUCGAUCAAACCUUUUGUCAAUAAAACAUGGGGAAGAAAAGAUAUAGGCAGGCAGAUUUAAACGAGGAUGGAAGUGAAGAGUCUACAGAAUCCUACGAAGGAUCAGAUUCGAAAGGGGGAAAGGAGUGUCCACAUUUCCCGAAAUCGAUUAAUUUGGUAAAGUUAAAGAAAGAACUGAAGAAGACUGGAAUUAAAAGAGAGUGCGCUGCUUGCCAGAGAGACGAAGCAAAUUCGCCUCAAGUUGUCGAAGAAGGGUAUGAGCCCUGUCCGCCAAUAUUGUGGGUCUGUUUACAAUGUGGAAAUCAAGCUUGUGGAAGAUUUCAUAAAAAUCACGCAGUUGAACAUUUUAAAACGCCACACAGUGAUUGCCACAGUCUUGUUGUUGACACUCAUCAAUGGAGUGUUUGGUGCUACGAUUGUGACGAUGACCUCAGUCCUGAUUACAGGAAAAAACUUCUCGAGACCGUUGAGAUUCUAAAGAGAACACCAAUUUCGAAUAUUAAUCAGACUCCAAAAGCCAAGCCGCAAGCUCCUCAGAAUAAAGAAAUCCCUCCGGAAAAAGAGAAACAGAAAAUUUUGUUUGGCCUCUCAAAAGUAGUGGGAUUGGCGAAUUUAGGGAACACUUGCUUUUUCAAUGCAGUUCUCCAAUGUCUCGCUCAAACUCCCUUUUUAGUCAAAACUCUCGAAGAUUUGCAGAAACCCGGACAGACUUUUGUCCUGCCCGGUGGAAAGUACAAAAAACCGGGCAGUUCCGAAGAAAUAAUACUGCCACCAAUCGAGGGAAGUUUGGAGUACGGUAACUCGUGCAAUUUCACGCAAACUUUGCGCAAAACCCUCACUGAAAUGCAGAGUUCAAAUGGCCAACAAACAUAUAGUCCGAGGGAACUUUUGAGCUCUUUUAGGAAAAAAACCAUGCAGUGCAUGGACGGCGGUCAGCAUGAUUCUCAUGAGCUUUUGAGGCAUCUUUUGGAAAUCGUCCGGAACGAGGACCUUCGAAGAUAUCAGAUUGUUAUUUUGCGAGAACUUGAGAUUGGAAAAUUGAAACCGAAAAAUAAUGCUGGCGAUCCGACCAAGGAUAUUGAUGACGAUAAGAAGUCGAGAGUGAAAUUUUAUGGUCAUCAAGCAAGUGCGAGAUUGUUGGGACCGGAGCCGGUUUUUAGGGGAAUUUUGGUCUCGACGCUCGAGUGUCUUGAGUGUCAUCAUUCGUCGCCAAGAACCGAACCAUUUUUGGAUCUUAGUUUGCCAGUUAUGGCCGAUAAACCACAGCCUCCUGUUUUCAAGAGGAAAAAUAGCGGAUUUGAAGACGCUUUUGAUAUGAUGACUAGCAAUUCAUCAAAUAAUGUCGCAAAAACCCCCGGUAAACGGGAAAUUCGUGCUGCGAAAAAAGCGGCAAAGAAGGAGCAGAAAAAUAUAAAACAUAGUCAAUUUAACUUUUCGCAGUUAGAUAAUACUUUUGAGAAUAGCGAAUCAGUCGAUGGCGACAAUGCGAGCAGGUCCGAAAAACCAGGAGAUUAUUUAGCUUCUGGGAGCGACACGGACGUGGAAGACAAUGUAGAAACCGAAUCAGGAAACGAACCACUUCUAAAAUCCCAGGAGAUUCUCGAAUCUGGUUACAGUUCCGAAAAACCUUCGGCCGUGACCAGUCCAGUUUCUGCAGCCGACGUCGAUGCGUCGUUAAAUUAUCUCAGUAAACGCUACAGAAACGCGAUUGUUCCCGCGAAUUAUUUUGAGUCGCGAAAAAUUGGUGGCAGUGGCGAAAUUUCAAGUCCCGCUGAAAUUCCCGAAGAGAAAUUGAAUCUGACGAAUGUUGAAAAGACGGGAGAGAUUGAUGAGUCUCUGUCGAAGAUGAUGGAAACUGGGACGAGUCCGGACAGCACGACUGCUAAUUUAAUUAGCAGCUCGAAUAAUUCCGAGGAAUGUCGUCCCCUUGGACGGGAAUCGAGCCGGGAAAAGUUGGUGGAUGAUGAAGGUAGGGGGGAAAAUGGGGACGACGAGAAGGAGCUGGUGAAUUUCUUUGGACCUGAUCCUGAGCCGGAAGCGGACAAGGAAGCCAGUCAAGUGACGAGUCCAGAGAUGAAGAGUAAUUCGAUUAGUGAGGAGCACUCGGCGACGAAUGGAGUGGCCAAACUGACCGGAAGUCUCUCACGAAUGGGAAUUCAUCAUUCGAAUCAAUCGCCAACGCGAUAUUUCACGAAUGAGGGAGAAUUUUCGAUUCAGUCGUGUUUGAAUCAAUUUACGGCGCAGGAACUGAUGUCUGGGAAUAAUAAGGUUGGAUGCGAGGCUUGCACAGCGAAAGAAAACAAGGGAAAAGAAAAUAAAAAAAUGGUUUGCACGCCGAGUACGAAGCAAUAUCUGAUUUCAAAAGUCCCGGCAGUGCUGAUUCUCCACUUGAAAAGAUUCCAGUCGCAACGAGUCGGUUUGAGAAAAGUAACGAAACACGUGAAUUUUCCGACCCUCUUGGAUUUGGCGCCUGUCUGCAAAAAUCACGAAAAACCGAAACUCUAUUCUCUUUAUGGUGUUGUGGAACAUAGCGGGACUCUUUAUGGUGGACACUACGUCGCUUAUGUCAAGACAAGACAGCCACUGGGUCCAAAUGACCCAAGGUGGUCCUUCCUUCCCACAAAAGAAGCAACAGAAAAUGAAGGUCUGUCGAGCAGUUCGAGUUCGGAAUCCGAAAACGAGGAGGCCUCCGCGAAAAGUUCAAAUGUUGAACCACCUCCCGGUCGAUGGUACUACAUUUCUGAUUCCAGAGUGACAGAGGUGGACGAAAGCAUAGUUCUUCAAACCCAAGCUUAUGUCCUUUUCUACGAGCGAAUUUUGUGAAACCCGAAUCCAUAAUUUACAGCUUAAUUUAAUUCGAAUCUAGACUCAGUCACAAAAAAUAAUCUUAUUAAUAUUAUUUUGAUUUGGUCCCGCGACCAAGAAUUUUUAUAAUUUUUUGUUUUUCUUUUUUUUUUUUUAGCAAAAUAACAAAUGAGGAUUUACCCUUAGUUUCCUGGUAUUUAAACUUUGAUAUAAACUUACAUGUUUUUGAGAAAUGAGAUUUUAGGUCAACGUUGAGUGGCAAGAAAUUGGCAAAAGUUAGAAACAGAAAUGGAGGGGGUAGACAAGAUAUAAGUAAGUAAUUAAAAAAAAGUGUUUUUGCGAUCGAGCAAGAAAAUCGGGAAUCGAUCUGUACAUUUAUAAAUACGAUUUUCGUCCCAGAAGGAUCAUUAGCAAUUUUUCUUGUAUUUAAAAGCAUUUAUAACUAACGCUGACUGUUGAAAAGGAAAAGGACAGUCGUCUGAUAUAAAUAAAAUUAUAAUUAUUGUGCAAAA